AUGAUGAAAUCGGUGGUUGAUCACUAUAAUAAUGGACAAUAUGCCCAGUUUAUAGAGUGUCUCGCGAAACCUUACUAUCAUUCACGUCGUUUGAUGGUUGUAACAAGAGGUAGUGAGACGAUUAGCGUUGAAAUUCGUGUAGAUCAAUUCAUUGAACCCUUGCUCAAACACGAUUUUCGAGCAGAUAAAAUUGCACAUCUCUUAGUUAUUAUUGGAGAGGUGUUUUUACGUGGACUUGACUUUGCUGAUCCUAUAUUGAAAAAUCCUGAGUACACAGCUUUGUUGGAACAAAGCAAAAUUCUUUUUCAAGGUGUAUAUGAUACUGAAGCACUUCGUGACGCUGCUCGUGAACUUGAUAAACGCGUCGAACGUUAUCAUCAUGCUAUCCUAACAACUCGCAAACUUGGCGAUUAUGACUCUGCAAAGUUAUGGAUUCAGAAAGCUGUUGAACUGGAACCCCUUAAUGUUGAUGUCAAACGCGAACAAAAAGCAAUUAAUUUGAAAGAUGAAAGACAGUCCAUCGAUCAACCGACGGUGUUUAACACACGUAUUUCGAGUCUCGAUGAUCAGCAACCAUGGUGCAAUAUUCUAUCGAUUGACGGCGGUGGUAUUCGUGGGAUAAUUCCAGCCGUAUGGUUAAUGGAGAUUGAACGAAAACUUCGGCAACCUAUUUCUUCUACAUUUCAUGUAAUUGCAGGCACAUCGACUGGUGCCAUUAUUGCUGCUGGUCUCAGCACACCUUCUCUCACGCAAAAAGGUAAACCUCGCUAUCAAGCACAUGAUUUAGUCCAACUCUAUCGAACAAAAGUAGAUCAAGUGUUUACUAAAAGUUCAUCAAUGUGGGCCACUAUUAGAGCAAGUUUUCUUCAAGCUCCUCAGUAUUUGGAUGAUGGUCGUCAAAGACUCUUCGAAGAAUAUUUUAGCACCGUGAAACUGUCGAACGCACUUGCUGAAUUGGUCGUGCCAUCGGUUAAAGCUGAGAGUAAUGUCACAGAUACGUUCACUCGACAGAGCGCUGUGAAUGAUACAUCGAAGGAUUUCUUUCUUCGAGAUAUACUCAUGUGUACAACGGCUGCACCAACUUAUUUUCCUGCCUAUUCAUUUAAUAAUACAGUCUAUGUUGACGGUGGUGUUCAGGCAAAUAAUCCGGCGAUGAUUGCUUACAGCCAUGCCCUCAGAAUAAAUCGCUCAUCCACUGACAAAAGUCGCAUACGAUUAUUAUCAUUGGGCACUGGUGAUUAUGUACCGGAUCCGCUUCAUCCAACCGCUAAUCGAGAUCUUCUAUUUUGGUAUCGAAAUCGUCAAACUGUCUUAAAAGUCGUGACGGAUGUACCUCAGAGCAACAUAGAUAUGCAACUUGGCGACAUCAUCGGCGAUGAAUACUAUCGAUGGCAGGUUUGGCUAGCAAAUCCAAUUCAACUUGAUGAUAUCCAGCCGCCCACCAUUGACCGACUCAUUGAUCUAGCUCACGAACAACUUGAAGAAAUGGAAGCCUAUGAUAAUAGUCAGAGACUCGGCUGUCUCAUCGAAAAACUUCGCUCGCCCGAAGAAACAUUCACUUAA